AGCAAACACAAAGGAACAGGUAGAAGCCGAGGAGCUGGAGGGUGAAAGUGAUCAGUGCACAGAUGCAGAUAGAGAGAAAGCAGACAGAGACAGAAGGAGGAACACAGAGAAUUCGUGUAAGGAGAAGAAGCAAAUCACUCAGGAAGAGUCAGUUGUUUCUGUUUGGCAGAUAAGGAGACAGGAACUCACAAAGUACCUCAAAGAGUUUACCGAAAGUUCUAAAACCUGGAAAGUUGUGUGAAUAGUUUGGAAUUGCGAAAGAUCUGGGUGUUUUCCCAGAGUGGCUAAACCAUGAACUAUGGUAUAUGUAACUAAUUGGUUGGUUAAAAAGGAACUUUGGAAAGAUACAGCAUCAGGACUGUCAUGGCCUGAGGGGGACAGGAUUAAAGAAGAAUGCUUUGCUGAUAAUAAUCAUACACGUGAAACUUGAAGGAGAGAUCAGGAGAUGCAAUUCAAACCAUGGAAGAAAAGCCUAUGUCAGUUGCUGCAUUAGCUUCAAAAUUCAAACAAGAAUCAAGCAACACCUUGGAAAAGAAUGAGAAACAACUCAAGGGGCCAAUUCGUAAAAAGCCUCCUUGCUCUCUGCCUUUGUGUGGUAUGAAGAAUAAUACUGAAACAGGCCAUAAUGCAGAUGAGAAGCCACCAGUUAACGACUCAACCCAUCGUCCAAAGUUGAAGGUGAAAACCUCCUCGCCUCUCAUUGAAAAACUCCAGGCCAACUUGCUUCUAUCCCCGACUGCUCUCUUGCCUGGGGUUGGUCCAAAGAGUCCAUUAAAAUCUUCCUUCUCGCCUUUUGCUAGUCCCGCUUCUACACCUGAUAGCCCUGGAGCACGUUCCCAAUCCAGCGAAUCAGAUGGAGGUCCAGCUACUUUUGACCAACCUGCAGAAGGAGAACCUUUGCACAGUUUCCACAAGAGUCGAGCACGUGUGUCACUGAAACGACGACCACCGAGCAGGCGAUUUAGACGCUCAGUCGCUGAAGAAUCAAGUAACUCUGGCAGUCCAGAAAAAAAGACACCUGCCAAGAACGUAGAACCAGAACAGAACGGAGCACCAGAUGAAGAAUGUGAUGACAUUUUUGUUGAUCAUGGAGUUCAAACUGACGAUGCAAACUCAAAGAACUCCCCCUCACCCAAAGAAGAUUCUUGCAUCUCACCUAAAGUGUCUUCACCUGAAGAGCCUUCACAGGAAGAGCUCAAUGACCUCUCGUCUUCUCAAAGCCAAGAAUCUGAAAUCUGUUCUGAUCAAAAUCUAUGUGAACAUAUUGAAGACAAUAAUAUCACUACAAACAAAACAGAUGAGUCUUCAAACAAAGAUAGUGAGGCCUCUGUCAGUAAUGACAGUAAUGAUCACAACACAGCAGGAAGUGAGACUGCAGUUUCUGACACCUCCAAUCAGGAACCCAAAACUGAAGAAGUAAAAACAGUCGAUACUGAGCAGCAGAACUCCAAUGCAGAGGAAAAGUCUCCUGGAGACACUGAAGACUAAAGAUGUGUGUAAUGAAUCCAGUUAAGUCAAUAUUCGUUGGAGGCUGAUAGGCUUUCAAAGCAACUCAAUUUAUUUUGCGUCUAUCUAGGUGACAGGUGAAAGAAAACUGAUUGUUCUCUUUUCAGCUCUUUUAUUUGCUAGGGUGUGUGUGAGCUUCAGUAAUAGUUCCCCUGCACAUUUAUGUUUAUUCUACUGGUUAUGGAGUGGACUUUUUCACACCCCCAUCCCAGUUUGAAUUAGCAUUUCCUUUUGUGAAGUAUGAUCUGAAAAUUUCUCUUCUGAAUAAAUGUUUAACUCAAACUGCACACCACAAGGAGUAACUGAGACUAGUGCAAUGCAACAAAAUAAUAUUGAACUGCUGGACCUUAAGAUUAGAUAUGCAUGUGCAGAAUAGCAGAUAUGAAACUUACACAUACAUACAUAAAUGAAAGCAGAAGUAAUAAUUCCAUGAAACCAAAGAUGAUGUUGUCAAAUAAAAAGACAAAUGAGAAGAACCCAAACCAAGCUCAAUAAUCAUUGGCAUUAAUUACUAAAAAUGUCAAAAAGCCCCAAAUAGCCAGGUGCUAAAUGCUGCUGGCUUGUAGCUUCAUCUCAAAAUGAGACAAUGUCUCUCUCCAAUAGAUAAAUAAAUGGAAGGUUACAGAUGUGUAUAUAUUAUGGUUGUCCUGUCUGUUAACCAGAUGCAUAAGCCUCAGUUUUAACUCUGGAUGGGAUGCUGUGCAUGGGGCCCAGGGGCAUGCUCACAUGCCAAGGCCUAGCAAAAUUUUAGCUCGUGGACCUAUUAAAGAUCAGACUUCUGCCCAAACAUGACAGCAAUCAUUGCCUGGUCAGUGGGUGAGAGCAGGAUUCAGAGGGGAACAAGGGUACUCCCCAGCAGUUGGGUGGGUCUCCGGGACUUUACUGGGCCUUAUUUGGCCUUCAGCUUGGAUCCUGGCAGUUUUGGUGUGGUGAGGGAACCUAACUGCUCCUCCAUUGAGGCCUCAAGUUAAAAUGGCAGAUAGGCAAGGAGGACAUUAUUGCAAUUGGCCAAUCAGGACAGGGAAGGAAUGGAUAAAUCCCUGCUCCAUUUUAACCCUCCAAUUCGCCCCAUGGGCUUGGUUUCCACCAGGCAGUGGAGUUAAAAUCAAGGCAACAGUUUAACUUAAUAUUAGUUGUCUAGGUUAAUGGAAUAUCUGUUUUUCCUGUUUGCCUUAUUAUUGAAAGCAAAGCUCUCCUGCUUCCAAAACCUACUUGGCUUGUGUUUCAAAACUAUCACCAAUAUAAGCCAUAAGGUAUAUUUUUUUGCUUAGAAAUUUUAGCUUCUGCAAAGCUUUCAUUCAAGAUAAUUGUUCAAGAAAAUUAUUGUUAUAGACACCUUUUUGAGGGGUUUUCUCUGAUUUUACUUCCCUCAACUUCUUGGAUUUUGUUUCCAAAUAAUUUGCUUCAAGCCGAGGAGUAGACUUUGAGGUCAGUAUUGUCUAAACCCAAGAAAGGAGAAGUACUCAGGAGCACAGAUUCUGGUUAAAUGUUUCUCAUUCUCAUAAAGAUCCAACUUUGUGCCUUUGAGAUUCCCUUGAGCUGUUAAAGCUUCCUACAAAUAUAGGAUUAUUUUAUUUCUACAUCUUUAACCAGGACAGCCCAGUGAGGUGCUGCAUUUAUAUGGAAACCUUUGGAGAAAGGCAGCAUUGGAAGGCUUCCUUAUGGUAAAAUUGCCUGAUGGAAGAUUUAAUUCCCUGCUUUUUGUAACUUAAUGCUGUGAAAUCUUUUAGUCUCUCCAGCAAUGGAAGGCAGAACUUUGAACCCCUCCAUUUCAACACUGAAUAUCCCCUAAUUACAGCAUGUCUGCAGGUGAUGGAAAUGGUGAUGUGGUCACACUUAACUGUUUAAUCAGUUCUAUUGCUUAAACACAUUUAAAAUGCAAAAUAAAUAUCAAUUGCAAGUCUAACUCUGAAAUGGAAAUUAUCCUCCUGGUGCAAUAUUUUUCAAAACGAAUACAUGUAGAAACUGUGCAAUUGGUAAAGUGAUUUACAUCAUUGCAUCAAUACAUGUGUCUCUCUCUAACAUCUUUAUAUUUGUUAUUUUUCAUGACAUUUACAAAAUCAAAAUAUGGAAGCCACAGAUUGAUUUGUCCACAGUGCAGCAUUUCCCACAUUACCUGCCUUUUCCCGUAGCAUUUAAAGUGAACUCUGGGCCUCUGAGCAGCCUGAAAAUUCCCUAAUUCCAUAUUUAUUAUUUUGUGAUGUCAUCAUAACUAAACUAACCCUAGUCACUACCCACUGCACACACAUGGAUGCUUAUUUUUAGUUGUUUUUCUGAAUAUCUCAAUGCUCACUGGCUUUCUUUACAUGGAUGAUUGGGCUUGUUCUAAUUGUUAAGCACCAUGCUCUCAUUAAAAGCAAUAUCUGGAUUUAAUUAACAUGUUGAUAUUUCAAAUUUGAUUUCUGGUGAUGAUUGCUAGGACUAAUACCCAUGCAUUCCAUUUGCAGACUUGCACUGCUCACCCUCAUUCUUAUCCUGAUUUCUGUUUUUUUCUGUAAUUUCUGAAAAGUACGAAUUUUCUCAUUUCAAUUUGUCUCUUCCAUUUGCCAGAACACACACAAAUGGGAAGAUGAUAUUCCUGUUCAAUAAGUUAUAUAAACUAGAGAAUGCAAAUUGAAAUUAUUACAAGCCAUCAGUGGCCUCUUUGGACAAUUGUGCAAGAGUUAUUUGUAACUUCAUUAUGGCUUUAGGGGUUGAAUAACAUAGAACUCUCAUUCUUGUAAAUCUGAGUUGGAGAACAAUUGAUUUGUAGAAUUGUAACUAUUUAAAUGAUUAUUCAUUUGACUCAAUAUAUGAAGGAUUUAAAGUUGCCUGAAUCAUUGUUUCAUUGACACUGGAACAAGUUCAUUCUUUGUAUCGACUAAAACAUUUCAGUGAAAAUAAAUUUAUCACCACAUGUUGCCUCAUCAAAGUAUAUCCAUGAAACACAAGAACAAAUUGUUUCAGUGGCAGCAAGUUAAUCCCAUCUGAUAUCUGCGAUGAUCUCUCAUUUCAAUGGCUGCUUGAAACAUGUAUGAUGGGGGCACAACAUUACUGUAAAUAACCCAAUUGCCAAACUUUACUGCAGUAUUCCCUCGUUUCAACCAAUGAUACAAUUUUACUUGUCAUUGAAUAACUUUCCCUAGCAACGGGUUUCAAAAUGCUGCUUUUAAAUUACUCAAUUGUUACUUCACGUUAGCCAAACUUUCACACAUUGGUCUAAAUCUCGAUCAACUAUCAGCCCAUACAAGAUACUGAGUUUAUUUUCAAUAAAAAUAAUGAAAUUCAUGAAGAGAAUAAUAAGAAAUCGAUCAGAAGGAAGCUUGAUCAAAAUAGCCCCAAAAUUUUCAAGAUGGUUACUAGCAUUGGAUAAUAGAAAAUUGAUAUAUCAGCAGAAAAAUCCAACUGUUAUAAAACAAUUAGCCAAAGGGCAGUGUUCAUGCUGAUUUUAAUGGGAUUCAUUUUGUGCCUUUGAAUCACAACAAAACAAAAACUGGAAUUGAAAAGCCCAACUUUUGCCUGGGUGCUCUAAACUGAAUGUCCUAACAGAAUCUGCAUGUAUAUCUCUUGGUGAUUUGCUGCAUAUUUUCAAAGCUGAAUAUUAUGAAGUAGAGCUAGAGCUAUAUAAGGAACUGUGCACAAUUUCUUAUUUACAGCCACCAAGUAGACUUCAGACAUGUUCAUUUUAUGUCACAUAAAUGUGAUGUUGUUAAUCAGAUAUUCCUUGGUAAAGGAUGUUUCCUCAGCUACAAGUUGAAUAUUGGUGUAAUUCAAUGAGAUGGUCUGAAAAGUGGGACACUUCCACCUCUACUAAUGUGUCCUAAAUAAAAGACUUCACAUGUAUUUUCUAUUUUGUUGUAAAACUGCUACUUAGUGUCCUUAGAAGAUGAAUCCCUUGAUCACACCAGAAGAUGUGCUUUAAUUGAAGUGAAAACGCUUUGAGUGAAAUGGUGUCUCCCAGCAGAAGCAUUUGAUUUGCUACUGGCCAAAUUAUUGUGUUACCUUGCAAUUAAUACUGUAAUGUAAAGCACACAGUUGCAAGUCAUGGGUUUAUAUUUGGGUAUAUAACAUGCGUUUGAAUAACUGUGUAUGUGAAAUUCUCUGUGGAGUGAGUUAUAUGCAAGAAGUGUCCGCUUUCCACUCUUGAUAAAAUGUGAUGCCAAAAAUGCUGCUUUUGUAAGCUUUUAACUUAAAAUAAAAAUGCAUUAUGAAAAUAA